AUGUGUGAGCAUGCCAGCUCAACAGUGACCAAGUAUUCUCAGACGUUUGACCGAUUGGUGCUGUGGUGUAGGAGAGUGCAAGUGAACUAUCUUCCAGCAUCGGCUGAUCAUGUGGCGUUGUAUUUAGUUGAACUGCUAUCUGCGGCGUCAUCUUCAGCACCGAUUAGUAGUGCUGUGUCAGCUAUUGCGUGGGCCCAUCGCAAAGUGUGCUUACCCUCCCCAACGGCCACGCCCCUAGUGGGGCAAACUAUCCUGGGUUGUCAGCGGCUGCUCGCUCGGCCAGCACACAAGAAGACGCCUAUCACCAUGGCUCAACUGCGACAGCUAGUAUGUACGUUUGACCGCCCGAGGCUGUCCCUCAUGCACUUACAGAUGCUGGCACUGAUUACCCUCGGUUUCCGAGGCUUCAUGUGCUGGGAUGACAUGUCGCGUCUGAAGGUUACGAACAUUGAAGUUAACAGUCAGCAUAUGACAGUGUUCUUGGACAGCAGGAAGAAUGACCAGUUCCGUGAGGGCCAUCUGGUGCCGAUCAGCAGAUGCCCCGACCGUUCAGUCUGUGCCGUGUUCUGGAUGGAGACAUUUCUGGACCGGGCACAGCAUCAGCCCGGCCAGCCGUUGUUCGGAAAGAUCCAGAUGGACAAAGGAGUGCAGGUAGUCCAUGGGUCCAUGACAUACUCCCGAGCAAGGGAGAUGUUUCUAGAUAUGCUGCGUGAGGCAGGAGUGAGUGAUGUUCAGAGUGGAGUUCAAGAGUAUGGACUGCACAGUCUGCGUGCCGGCGGCGUUUCCUCUGCGUUACGGGCACCUGGCAUACCCGUGCGCUUAGUGCAACGGCAUGGUGGUUGGAAGCACCUGGAAUCCAUGCAAGGCUAUGUAGCUGAGUCGGCUGAUGCAACGUUACAGGUAACACGGGGUAUGCGGUAA